UACCGGUGAGACCGCGUCUGAAGAGCAGGCCCAGCCCCAGCCCCGUGGGGCUCCGGGACUGGAGCAUAUGGAAGGUGGAGAGAGGCAGGGGGAGCCGGGGGAAGGAAGCUGCUUGCAGCAGCGCGUGGAGGAUCCUGAAAUAAGGAGCGAGGGAGGAUUUGGCACUGUCCAGCUGAAGUGCUUCUCUGGAGUGGAUUGUUUUGCCUUCACGAUGUUUGGGGACUUGUUUGAAGAGGACUUUUCCUUUAUUUCAAACAAUCAUUGUGGAAAAGGGAAGAAAUCAAAGCCCAGAGAUUCUGAGCCUCCAGCUCCCAGGGAUUUCACCAACCUAAGUGGUAUCAAAAAUCAGGGUGGGACCUGCUACCUCAAUUCCCUUCUGCAGACUCUGCUUUUCACACCUGAAUUUAGAGAGGCGCUGUUCUCUCUAGGACCUGAAGAACUUGGGAUUCUGGAUGACAGCAGUAAACCAGAUGCAAAGGUUCGAAUAAUUCCAUUACAACUUCAACGGUUAUUUGCUCAGCUUCUGCUCUUGGACCAGCAAGCUGCAUCUACAACAGACCUUACCGACAGCUUCGGGUGGAACAGCAAUGAGGAAAUGAGGCAGCAUGAUGUGCAGGAAUUAAAUCGGAUUCUGUUCAGUGCUUUGGAAACUUCCCUUGUGGGGACUUCGGGUCAUGACCUUAUUAACCGAUUGUACCACGGGACUGUUGUCAACCAGGUUGUUUGUAAAGAAUGCAAGAAUAUCAGUGAGAGACAGGAAGAUUUCUUAGACCUAACAGUGGCGGUAAAAGGUGUUGCUGGCUUGGAGGAGGCCCUGUGGAACAUGUACGUAGAAGAAGAGUACUUUGAAAAUGAGAACUUGUAUCGAUGUGGAGCCUGUGAUAAACUUGUUGAAGCUUCAAAGUCUGCUAAACUGCGCAAGUUGCCACCCUUUCUCACCAUUUCUCUCCUGAGAUUUAACUUUGACUUUGAGAAGUGUGAACGAUAUAAGGAAACGAGCUGCUAUACAUUCCCCGUCCAGAUAAACCUGAGGCCUUUUUGUGAGCAGACUGAAAUGGAUGAUUCGGAGUACAUGUAUGAGCUCUUCUCUGUUAUUAUACAUAAAGGUGGCUGCUAUGGAGGACACUAUCAUGUUUAUAUCAGAGAUGUGGAUGAAUUAGGAAACUGGCAAUUACAAGAAGAAGAGAAUAGGCUGAUUGAAGAUAAGGCUUUAAGAGAUACUGAAAAUGCUGAAGAAGUAGAAAAUCCUUUGGCAGUGUUGAAAGGGAUUUUAUCAGAGGAAGAAUCUACACAAAUUCCUGUGGAUCAAUUAGGGCAGAAAUUAUUGGAGAAAAAAGGGGUGUCUUGGAAUAAGAAAUACCGAAAACAAUAUGGAGCAUUACGAAAGUAUUUGCAGAAUCAUCCUCAGAUAUUUCAGUUCAGUCCUGAUGAAAAUAAGGUUGGUCUGAAGGAAAAAUACAAGCUCCCAUUUAAGUCAGAUUCUCGAGAACAAGAUCUCCAAAGUCUUCCUCAGAAGAAUGAUGUCCAGUGGAAUUUGGAAAAAAACUCUACAAGGCUAAGGGACAGUUCUGCUGGUUGCCAUUGGUUUGAUCUGAACGAUUCAAAAGUCCAGCCAAUCAAGGAGAAGGAUAUUGAGAAACAAUUUCAGGGUAAAGAGAGUGCCUACAUGCUGUUUUACCGAAAAUCUCAGUUAAAAAGACCACCUGAAGCACGAGGAAAUCCAAGGUACCAAAUUCCUGAACACCUUCUGAAUGAAAUGAAUGCUGCUAAUACUGAGCUGCAAAAAAAGAGAGAGGAAUGUGACUCAGCAAACCAUGGCAUUGAUUUACAUCUCCAUUUGAGCUCAUGUUAUAAAUUUCACAAUGGGGCUUUGCAUCCUUCAGUUACUUGGAAAGAGAGUGUUUUGGAUUUGACUAUUGAUAGAAGAAAAACACUAGGAGAUCUUCGACAAUCAGUAUUCCAGGUGUUGGAAUCUUGGGAAGGAGACAUGAUUCUCAGUAUUGCCAAGCCUUUACCAGCAGGUCUGCAUCUUUACCAGAUGCUUGAUGGAGAUGAGCUGACACUAGAUGGCAUUGGGCUGGCUGAUGGAGCAGACAUCUUCGUAUGGAAUGGUAAAGAGGUUGGUGGUACAAAGGUGAUGGCAGGCCCUGAUCAUGAACCUGUGGUCAUAAACGUUCUUCGUUUAGCGGAGUAUAAUGAAGGAGGGAAGGGUCAGCAUUUCACAGAAUCGCAGCAUGUCUUUUCAUGCAGCACAAAACUGGGUGAUCUCUGCAGAGCCUUAGCACCAUCAGGAGGAAUCAUCCUAAAGAAUGGCUCAGGACCAGAUAAAGAAGCCAAGAACUGGGAAGUUUUUCUUGAAGAAGAUAUGAAAGAAACAGUCAAAAGUGUUGGUCUGAUGGAUGGAUGCUCAGUACUAAUCUUAGACAGCCAUGACCAGAGCUUUGUGAAUGUGUCAAGUGGCAAUUUGACUGCUUUUACAAAUGACAUCAGCUGGCUUCAAGUUAAAAACUUCUGCGGAACGGAAGAUGAAGAGAAACAUGUUAAAAUUACUGCCACUAUUGAAACAGUGAUGUCAGAUAUCAAAAUGAAAGCAAUACGGGAGCUUCAGCUAGAGGAGGAACUAGCAAACGGCAGCUGUCUUAGACCUGUUAGUGGAAAUGGGAAACUUCUUUCUCCAGUGCCUGAGGAUUAUACUGUCAAGGAAGCAGAACUGAAAAUGGGAAGCUUGCUAGGGCUGUGUCAUGGGAAAGCUCCAACUUCCACUCAGCUCUUCUUAUAUUUUAUUGUUGGGAGUGACCAAAACGCAAGCCCUGAGAUGGAGAUUGUCGUGGAAGAGACUGCCUCUAUCAAAGAGUGUCUAAAUUUAAUGCUGGAAAAAUCUGGAUUAUCAGGUGACAACUGGCAUUUGAGAAGGAUUGACUGGUGCUAUGAAGCUGGGGAAGCAUUAAGUCAGGAAAAUGCCACUCUGAAGGAACUUAAUGUUUGCAGAGGAGAUACUUUGGUUAUCACUGAAGGAAAGCUUCCAGCAAAGGGUUUUCUGAAAAUACCCAUCUGGUGGUUCACGUCUUCAAGUCAUAUGAAACAUGGAGGGAAUGCACAAGACCAAGUGAAUGGGAUGACCUGCAAGAUGGGUGCUUUGCAGGUGUCUCCUGCAGGAGAUUCACCAGAAUACAUCCACACAGACAUGGAUCUUUGUUAUGCUGGCAGUAUAGAAAUAGCAGGAGAAGCUUCUUUGGAAGAUCUGAAGAUGCAGGCUAUGACCUUACCGUGCUGCCAGGAGCAGAUUGUCCCACUGCCCUCAUUUCUCAGAGCAUGGACAGUGGACAGUAAGCGUCCGGGCAAGCUUUUACGAAACAACAAGCAGCAACUCAAUGACUAUAAGCUGGGUGCCAGAGUAGAAAUUUGCAUUGAACCUUUGCAAAAAGAAGAGCAUUUGGGCCCCCAUGAACUCCUGCUUCGAGUCCAGAUGGGCAUACCAGGGGAGAGGGACUACUAUGACUCCACGGAUUUGGUGUGGGAUAUCUCCAAAGAAUGCACAACCUGGGCACUGAGGCAACGAGUGGCCUCUCACUAUUGUCUCCCUGUAGAUAAAAUUGAAAUAGCCAAAUACUUCCCUGAAAAAUUUGAGUGGCUGCCAAUAUCUAGCUGGACACAGCAAAUUUCGAAGAGGAAACGAAAGAAAAAACAGGAGAGUUUACAGUCAGCGCCUUAUCACCUGAAAGAUGGAGAUAUUAUUGGGGUGAAGAAUCUGCUCCUUGAUGACACUAAGGACUUCAGCACAGUUAGAGAUGACGUUGGAAAAGAGAGACAAAGGCAGCUUGCAUUUGAAAAAAAGAAAAGUCGGCAAGCUGAACGCUUACAGGACCAUGUUUUCUCUGAGGAGAAGCUGAAUAUCAAGCACCGUAAACCAGAAGUGGCUCUUUCUAUCAAUGUGGGCGUUUUCAGAUAGCACUACGAGAUGAUUUGCUGACCAGCCAGACCAUACUACCGAUGUACUCAGUUGGAAUAGAGUACCUCAACUGGACCAGCACGAGGGUCUUUCCCAAAGUGUCUUCAAGAAUCACAGAGUUGAACUGGAUAUAGGAUUCAGGAUAACUCUGAUUUUCUUCUAAUCUCUCUUGGGCAAGUGCUUUAGCAUCCCUUUAUCGAUGUGGUACUUAUUCUCAGGCUAGGUAAAUGCACUUUAUCCAUGAGAAAACUGAUUAAUAUAUUGUGUAACCUUUUGGUGACUGUUUUGUAAUCACCCUAAAUGCUUUUUUUUUUUUUUUUUUUGGUCAGAUGCUGAUGUCUUGCACCAUCACUACAGAGUUUGCUGGGUUUUUAAUGCAGUCAUAAUCAUCUCUCUUUAUAAUGUUUUUUUUCCAUCUCUGAUCACUGAAAUUACUAGUGAUACCAGAAUUUGCUUUUGUCUCAUUAUAUAGAAACCUAAGUCUGUAGUAGGUCAAGUCAGCUUUCAGGAAUGAAGGAAAUGUGGAAAUCUCUGGACAAAGCAUACUAAAUUGGCUCAAAAAAGAGCAAGUUCAGAACCUGUCAAGCUCUAACACCUUGAUAUGGAAUAACAGUGUGAUAACCUUAUAUUUUAAAGUUGCUAGGGGUUUUUUGGUUGUCCAUAAACUUCACAAGCAAACAAAACAGUUGGAAAAAAUCGGCAGGUCUGAUGUUUGGUCUUAAGUGGGUUUUAUUGUACUCAGGAAAAAGGCUUGUAUUUAUUUUCAGUACUGUUAUUCAGAGGACUUGCCCUCAUUUCUUAUAUUUUCAAUUGUUCUAAUAUUCUUUGUUGCAUUUGGGAAAAAGAAAGUUUCUCUUGGGGUCACGAAGCUGAUAUACAGCCUCAGUAUCAAAGGUUCUUAAGUAUAUGUUUACUGAACGCUUGUGAGGUUGGAUCUCAAGAUUGGGAACGUGCUUAACUACUAGCUGAUGAGAAACUAUAUUUUUCUUACCCUUGAGGCUGGGAGUCAGGGUUUACCAGAAGCUGACAUUGCAGCAUCUUUAUAGAAACUUCUAACGCUUACAGUACUGAAUUGUGUUUCACCCACUGUAUGUGACUAUUUGUAACUUAAUUUCCCAUCAGGCUCAGAAUUUUCUUUGAGCACAGCUAGUACUGACAAAUUAACCCAAGCUCCUAAUGUCGUUAGGUGUUUAUAAUCAAAUUCUAAAUGUGUUUUGAACGGUAACGUAAAAAUGGAACGGUGGAUGAUGACACACAAGCAUUUCUGUGCAGCAGUCACGUGCUGGUGGCAUCUAUCGUGUUUGCCUUUUACGGCUGGGAACCUGUGCAAAUGGGUUGCCGUACUGCGUGAAGUCUGCCAUCAGACAUGCUGCAGGGCCUUGUUGAACUGCGCAAAUGUCCAGAAACCUGUUCCGAAAUGAGGAAAGCAAUUGUUCAAAAAUAGCUUUUGAACGUAGCCUGAAGUAUCCUUAGCUAAAACUGUGAUAAUGAGAGGACAAAAUUGUAGUCACUUUUGGGGGCUACUGUAGACAUUUAGCCUGUUUUGUGUACAUGUAGAAGAUAUUGUAGAAGAAGAUGUCAGUGCAGCAGACUAUAAAAUUUUGGCUAAUGUGAGAAGAUCUCUCAUUUACCUUUUUAUAGGUAUUUCGGACAGCUUCAAUACAAAAACUGACACCCUUGGCUCUCAGCAAAACCAAAAAAAGGCAGAAGCACCUUGAAGCCGAUGAUUAGUAUUGAUUUCUUUGCAUAUCUUUAAAAUUCAGCAGGUGCUUCUGUGCUUUCUUAGGCUGACUCAUUCAAGAAGAGGGGAUAUUUUGAUUUCCUCACUGUUUCGAUUGUGGGUAGGCUUCACUUGAAUCUUGAAAUCCUAGUUUUAUGGAUAGAUUUUCUGACUGAGGUGAGGGCAGCCAACUGCUUUCCCCACAUUAUUUUGUGUCACCUUUUUCCAUAUCAACAAAGUGUUCCUGUGAGCCAGGAAUGACC